ACCGUUGUAGUUUCACCUUUAUCAGAAAAUUGGAAUGCUGUUACAUUUAUUUCAAGGUAUCAAUUACAAUUUUUUGGAAACGCAACUUGAAACGAAAAGUUCGAUUCUCCGAUUUUCCCUGAUUAGACAUUGAUCAUACAGCAUCUACUGGAGCGUGUGUUGAAACACGUAGUUACGUCGAUGAUUGAAAGAGGCGUCGAGAGUCUACAGAAGAGGUAGUCUAAAAUGCAAACACUUUGCAAUGGAUGUUUUGUGUAGGCCUAGGCCAUUUAGACUUAACCGGUGUAUUAUAUCUUAUAUCUCUAGCUUAUGAUGGCAUUUGUAAAUAAUUACGCCAUUCCUUAGAUUUAGAUGCCUUUAUUAGCUAUUGGACGCUAAUAAAGCUAUAAAGCACACAUUAGAAUGGCGGAUGUAGAAGAGAGGAAAUCGGCAUCCCCUGUUGAGGAAGUGAUGGACCUUGAUGAGGACUCUGCUGAAGAUGAAGAGGAGGAAGAGGGUGAAGAGGAGGAGGACGAGGAGGAGGAAAUGGAAACAAAUGUGUCUUCAUCUCCUUCUACCUCUACCCCCCAGAGCCCGAUUGUGUUGACACUUGGUGGAAGAGGGCAUAUUCCAAAAGGUGGUCAAGGUAAACCUCUUAAUAUCAGGAGAGGAAGAGGACGCCCAAGAAAAGGCGAUCCGGGUUAUGCAACACCCCCAAAACAGCCACUUGGCUUGAAAUUAAAAAGAUGGAGAGGAGGUCAAUUCUCUCAUGAAUUGGGGAAAUUGCAUAAAUCUCCAAAAAAUAGCCCCCUUAGAGAUGAUUGCAUCCUUAUCAAAAGCCCAACACCAAGCCCUUUGCGAGAUUCACCAUCUGGCAUGAGUUCUCCUGGUUCUCUGGCUAUUGUGGCUACAACUCCUACUACACCAAAUGCUUCUGCCUCAGAAUUGGCAAUGAUCUCGUGCUCUGUUGAGAAACCAACCAUGCCUGCCCCGGAGGAACCACCCUACUUUCCAGAAAAAUGGCCUGGAAAGGUAUGUGCUCUGUGCAAUCUACCAGAAAAAUCUCAGCUUGGUCAAGGUGAAAUGCUCAGGCUUGUUUGUCCUGAGGGUUUUGAUCCCAGAAAGUCAUGUGCCUCAACUCCAACUAGAGAUGGGAUGAUGAGUCCUUCUCAAGAAUCCAUUGGCAGUGCUGGUGACACAGAAAAAGAGAGCCCUGUCACAAACCCUGGUGAUAAAAGCCCUCGUAUGCUUAUCCCUCAAAGCCGGCGCAAGUACAUGUCAAAGAGAAAUAGUUUGCAAAAUGCAAAUGAAGUUUUAGAUGAACUUAGUAUUGUUGGGUAUGCAGAUGAAAUAGACCAAACUACUUUAUUUGAAUCAGGAAACUACUAUGUACAUUAUGGGUGUGCAGUUUGGUCAGCUGGUGUUUCUCGCUCAGCUGAAGGAGCUCUGGAGGGUGUAGCUUCAGCAGUCGUAGAAGGUGUGAAUCGGCGGUGCAUGUACAGUAAUUGUGGUAGAUUUGGAGCAAGUGUUGCUUGCCAGUUUGCUGGGUGUCCCAAGCACUUUCACUUGCCAUGUGCUGCUGCAUCAGGUGGAUUUCAGUGCAAUAAAACACAUACAUUAAUCUGUAACCUUCAUCUUGAUCAAGUAUCACUUCUUGGUGUUGGUGAUGUGACUUGCAAAAAAUGUAAUUCACUAGGAGAUGUGUCUAAUCUCACAAUGUGUAGUGCAUGUGGAAGUCACUUCCAUGGUGCUUGUGUGGGUAUGGCCCUUCUCCCUGAGGUACGGGCUGGCUGGCAAUGUGCAGAUUGUCGUUGCUGCCAGGUGUGCAGAUUAAAAGAAAUGGAUCAUACAAAGAUAAUGGUUUGUGAAAAAUGUGAUAAGGCUUACCACCCAACUUGUCAGCGUCCUGUGGUUACAUCUAUUCCUAAAUUAGGAUGGAAAUGCAAGUUUUGCCGAGUGUGUACUGAUUGUGGCUCUAGAACACCUGGUUCUGGACACUCCUCUCGUUGGCAUGCCCACUACACAGUUUGUGAUUCUUGUUAUCAACAAAGAAACAAGGGCUACUCCUGUCCAAUUUGCAGAAGAGCCUACAGAGCAGCAGCGGUCCGAGAAAUGGUUCAAUGCACCAUUUGUCGAAAAGCUGUUCAUGGUUCUUGUGAUGCAGAAGCAGACUAUCCAACGUACCAACAGCGUAAGAGAGCAGAAGCCUCAUAUGACUAUGUGUGCCCCAUUUGUAGACAGUUGACUAGCAAAUUAAAGAGGAAAAGUAGUAUGGAGGAUGGAGAUUCAAGUCUCAGUGCUUCUCAGGAAUCUCUUUCUGAUGACUUCUUCGGUGAUAUGGACUCUUUUUCAUCAGAGAAGGCAAUGUUACUAGAUUCAGAGGAUGGAAUGCGUGGUAUUGGUUUGGGGAAAGGGAAACCUUUCUGUGCUGGUAAAAUUGCUAAAAAGAAAUUAGGGCUAUCAAAUAGUUUAAUAUUGAGUCUUCAGUCUUACGGUGCUAAAAAUGCUGGAAUGUCUGGACGUAAGGGUGCUAUGGCUGGUCCCUACCAGAAAAAGCAUCAAAAAAUGGCCGAAUUCGGCCGUAAGCGUGGACCCAAGUCCAAGAUGAGAGGAGUUUUUGGUGUGCCUGGUCUUGGAUUACAACGGCCACAAGUUGAUGCCACUCAAAGUAAAAAGGAUGAUGACCAUGAAGAUGAAAACCGCCUUGUUUUAGUAUCUGCCAAGGACAAAUUUGUUCUCUAUCAAGAUGUGUGUGUGAUGUGUGGAGCUUUGGGUCAGGACCAAGAAGGCUGUUUGAUUGCAUGUGCACAAUGUGGCCAAUGUUAUCAUCCAUACUGUACCAAUGUGAAGAUCACCAAAAUCAUUCUUCAAAAAGGUUGGCGUUGUCUCGACUGCACUGUUUGUGAAGGUUGUGGCCAGAGGCAUGAUGAGUCAAGGCUUAUAUUAUGUGAUGACUGUGAUAUUUCAUAUCACAUCUAUUGCAUGGAUCCGCCACUAGAUUACGUUCCACAUGGGAAUUGGAAGUGCAAGUGGUGUGUACAAUGCCAUACUUGUGGGGCUAAUGAUCCUGGACCUAAUUGCCACUGGCUAAAAGGAUUUACUGAAUGUGGUCCUUGUGCAUCAAGAACAUCUUGCCCUGUUUGUCAAGACAGUUAUGGGGAAGGAGAAUUAAUCAUCAAGUGUAUUAAUUGUGAGCGGUGGUUGCAUUGCAUGUGUGAUCGCAUUCGCACUGAAGCUGAAGCUGAGAAGUGUGCAGAGGAGGGUUACAAAUGUGUCUUGUGCCGGCCUCUUAAUGUUCCUCCACCUCACCUUGUUCAGCCUGCAAUUCUCAUGAAGCCAAAACCUAAAAUUCUUCCUCUUCCUGCACCAGUUAGGAUGCCGUCUCCACCUAGGAGUCCUGACUUUACUCACAAGAGAAAGCAGGAGUUUCAAAAGGAUGGAGUAAUCUUAUCUGAGUCUGGGCUCAUUCUCAUCAAGUCAUUAGAAAUUGAAAAAGAAAAGCGUCAAAUAAAUGAUCCAAAGAAAAAGCGCUUCAACCGCAAAAUGCUUGCUCAAAUGGAACCUGUUGUUUUACCAUCCCGGACUGAUUCUGAUGGUUUAGAUCAGGAUCCUAAUGGAAACCAAGGUGAUGGUGAUGAUCCUGAUGAAGAAUUUUAUAGAGAUGGAAUGGUGGUAGCACCCAAAGAAGAUGGUUCACCACCUGAACCACCAGAAGGUUUUACCAUCCAUACUUCAAAAACUGGCAAUCUAGUCCUACGGAGAAUAAGAGUUCGAAAUCUGAAAAAUCUUGGAAUUGGUGGCUUUAAUGCUAGGUUACGUAACAACAGGAAGCUAAAAUCCAAAUUGGUAGAAAAUUAUCCAUCAUAUCUUCAGGAGGCCUUCUUUGGUAAAGAACUGUUAGAAACUAGUAAAGAACAGGCAAGCAGCAGCAGUGAAAGUGAAGCUGAAGAAUCUGAUCGAAUGAAGGUUACUCCUGAUAAAACGAUCACAUUGUCACAAGAUGAGUUAAAAGCAAUUGAAGAAUUAAAAGCGAAAAAAGAAGCAGAAAAGGCUGAGCGGAUCAAGGAAGAAGCUGAAUCAGCAUUGGCUAUGAAAUCUCCUAUCAAAGAGGAGGAUGAUUCUUAUGAUGCUGAAGUGCUGAAGGACAUUCCAAAUGUACCCCAUGAUUUUCUAGAUGCUGAUCUAGUCAACACGAUAAUGAAUGAAGAAUCAGAUAUGAAGGCUGAGGAAAAUUUGGAAGAUAUUGCUGCUGAUACAGAUCUUGGCGAUGUAUCUGGUCAGGGACAUAAAGAUGAGCUUACAGACAUACUCAGCCCUAAUUUCAAUUUAGACUGCAUCCAGACCGAUACAGGCUUGCCCAAUAUGGACAGCAGAGAUGUUGAGGAAAUUUUCAAAGGAGUUCUUACUGAUGAAUCCCAAGAAUCGCAGGAAUGCAAUGUUUACCCUAUGAAUCCUGUUCCUGGACCUGUUCUUUCUACUCACAACAAUGUCCCAGCAUCACCAACUCCAUCUCAACAUCCAGUUGUCCCUCCACAACUGACAUUGGCCCGUACUCAAGCUGUUCAGUCAAACAUAAGCUCACCCAUGAGUUUUCCUCCGCCUUCACCUUAUCAGUCAGAGUAUAGCAAUAGCCCACAGUUCAGCCCUGCCUUUUCAGAACCACCACAUUCUCCUUGGAUAUCAUCUCAGAGCGGAGACGUGGAUGGUAACUCGAUGGGAGGUAUGGCAAAUGAUAAUUCUCAGCCUGCCACUGGUCAAGCCAAAAAUGCUCGCAACAAUACUGAGCGCAUGGAAGUUGAUGAAGCCCUUGGUAAAGGUGCUACUAUUUCUGCUGUGCUGUAUGCAAAUAUCAACCAUCCAGAGUGGAAGAAGGAUUACCCGGCUUGGUCAGAUAGAUGCAAGAUGAUCGUGAAGAAGUGGAGAGUUCUUCCAGCUGAACAGAAAGCACCAUACCUACAGCAGGCUAGAGAUAACAGAACAAACCAGAAGUUAAAGAAAGGACACCAGAUUUGUGCUCCUGCUGCUUCAAUCAACAAGAAUCCUAUUCCUUUGGUGUCAACACAGUCGGUGGGUGCCCUGGGUGGCCUUGCCCAGGGCCCAGGCCCAACAACGCCUGCAGCCUCGCCGCAGUGUGUCCUGAAGCCAUCAGUCCCUGCAUCUGUGUCCUCUGUGGCAUCAGCCUCAUCAGUCAGCUCGCCCUCAACCUCGACCUCGCAGCCUGAGGAUACUGAUAAGAUACACCAGCAGAAAAAUAGCCGUGAAGCGGAACAAGAGCGGCAAUGGAAGCAACUCCAAGCUCUUCGGCAACAACAGCAGCAGCAACAACAUCUCCUACAAAACCAACAGAGCCAAGCUCUGAAAAUAGCGAGGCACGUUAACCCAGAUGGAAGUGUUACCCAAUAUCCUGUGGAUCAAAGUGGUGUUAAUUCAAGUGGCCUACCCCAACCAAUGCAGGUAGCAUCGGGCAAGCCUUUCAACACGGUGGUCAACGUGGCAAACGCUCCACCGAGAGGUGUGCAAUAUGGACCGAGAGGUGUGGGCCCUGCUGUGGGUCCCCCUGUAGGCCCUGCAGUGGGUCCCCCAGUCGGUCCGUCAGUUGGCCCUUCGGUGGGGCCUCCAGUCGGUGCGUCGUCAGUGGGUCCAACAGGCCCAGUCCAGGUAGACCCCUACAUGCAGCCCCCAGGCACACCGCGGCCUGGACCAGGGCCGCAGUACGCCCCCCGGCCACCCACUCUACCGUCACCGAACGCUGGAGUGGACCCGUACGCUGUGCCCCCGAGCCCGCGGCCCGGACCUCAGUACACCCCCAGACCACCCACUCUGCCCUCUCCAAACGCUGCUGUGGACCCGUACUCAGUGCCCCAGAGUCCGCGGCCCGGCCCUGGUCCCGGCCCCGGGCCUGGGCAGAGCGACCCCUACAUGCAGCCCCCGGGCACACCCCGGCCGCAGCCGCAGGGUGACCCGCAGGGGGUGUUCGCCACCCCGCCGCCCACGCCAGCGCAGCCGUCGACACCCGGCACGCCCCUUGGUGCUCCGGGCACCCCUACUCAGAUGCCAGGUCAAGAGGGCAACCAGCAGCUCCGAGAUCUUCUUCAAAGGAGCCAGUUUAGGAAGUUGGAACCUGGUGGGGAAGGUCAGCAGCGGAUUUGGGACCCAACCAUGAGAACAGAUCAACCAGCUCCUGCAGAAACAGAAACAACAUCACAGCCUCAGUUGCAAAUGACCAAUGUCCAGCAAUCUACUCAAUCAAUGGUAAUGUCUCAAGCACAAAUGCCUGGCUUGGAACCUCAGCAGACACAGCAAGCUCAAGCAAUGCCCCAACAAAAUUUGCUACAGGGUCAAAGCACGGAGUUUCGGCAGCCAUUGCCUCCAUCUAGACUGCGAUUUCCUCUCAACAGUGUUGUUAUUCGAAGUUCUGACAACAUUCAUGUCCCUCUUCAGUCGGGUGAUUCUCGAAUCGCGAGCUUGGAUCCACGAGCACGCCUCAUCAUUCAUCAAAGAACACAAGCUCAGGCUCAAAAUCAGGCUCAGGGACAGGGACAAUUAAUAGCAGUUGGUCAACCUAUCACAUCACAGCAAAUGCAAACCAGCAUCGUUCAAUUCUCAUCUCAGCAGGUGCAGAGCGUCUCUUCUCAAGGGCCUACCACUGCACCAGUGCCAGUCUCUGCUCCUGCAGCACCACAACCAGCCUCUGCCCCUGCCCCUGCGCCAUCUCCUCAAGCUACAGUGCAUUCCAUGUCAGACUCCCAAGAGAUACCUGACAGUGUGACUGCUGAGCUUGAAAAGCUGGAACAAGAAGGUGGUACAAUGGCUGAGGUGGACAAUGUCACUGACAUUCUAGGUGGUCUUGUUGAGGAUGAUGAUGAGCUUCUAGCUGAGAUGGGUGCAGAUUUCAAUAUUCUGGAAUAUGCUGAUCCGGAACUGGGGGACAUAGGUGAAAAGACAAACAUUCUCGAUGAAAAUUUGGAUUUAGAGGAGCCAGAGGUGAAGAAGGACUCUACACAGCAAGUGAAGAGUGACACCACUGAAAGUGGUGAAAGCAGUGCUACAGAGCAUUCUGCUGAUAAUGCACCCUCUGUGCAAUCACAACCAAAUUGCUCAACAAGUGGCCCCACACAAAUGCAGCCUCAGGCGGAGGUGAAUGGAACGGCUGUGAAUACCUCUCAGACUGGUGCUGUUGUUAGUACCAAUGUGGUCACAUCACUUGGUGGAGGAAUACCGAGUGCGGGCAUUACACCUUUACCUCAACAGGGUCAAGUGCCAACACGAGUAGUUGUGGAUGCCAAUGGAGAACAGCGAGUUGUUGAUGGCAAUGUAGCUAUUGCUUAUCAAAACUCAUUCCAAGGCCAGCCUCCUCUCUUGCAGAGAGUUCAAAUGCCCGGGGUUCCUCAGCAGCGACUUCAAACGCUCCAGCGACGAGUGGUGGUUGGUCAGAAUGGACAGCUUCUGCAGCAUACUGCCGUUUCACAGCCUGGAGCUCCGGUCGGCACCGUGACACGGGUUGGCCCAGGUCCCGGACUGCCACCACCGCCACCACCCCCGCCUCCGCCGCCGCCCUACCCAGGACCACCGCCACCUUACCCUGUCUCCAUGCAGCAUAUGGCUCCUAUGGCUGGGGUGGUGUGCAUGGGGCCCCAAAUGGACCACUCUGGUCCCGCUGGUCUGGGCGCUCUACCCCAAAUGGGGCCCCAAAUGCGUCCCAUGAUGUCCCAUACGCCUUCGAUGGGACCGCCGGUUGGGCCGCCGGCUGAAUCACCUUUAGGCCUCCCUGGUCCUGAUCACAUGCAGCGCAACGCAUGCAGACCCCUUUUACUACAGGAUCAACCACUUUUGCUGGAGGAGCUCCUGGAACAAGAAAAGCGGGAGCAAGAAAAGCAACAGCAGCAGCAACAAGUGUCUCAAGUGGAUGUUGCUACAGCCCAAGGCCUUACCUCACCUAUGGGAAACAACAUGAUUAGCGACCUGGAGUUAGAACAUCUUGUACUCAAUUCUCCUAGUGGACAAACUUCUAAUCAACCUAAACCACAAAUGCCAGUUGCUCAAUCUCUGCCUGGUCAAGUUAUGAUGCAACCUCAGUUGAGGCCACCAUUUCCUCCCCGACCAGUUGGCCCUAUGUCUGGUCCUGUGGCUGGUACACCUGGCAACCCAUCUGUUGUCCAACCUGGUGUUGUUGGCUCAUUAGGACCUGUUAAUGUCGGAGGCAUGGCGUCCGGCCAGAUUGGUUUACAGCAACCCGUACAACAAUGGGUACAAAGACCACAAAUUGUGCGUCCACCAACACAGCCUAUGGCUCCUCAAGAAUCCCGAGUUCCACUCUUCAGUGCACCUCGACUUGUGCAGCCUCCCUCGCCUCCAGAAAAUAUAGCAUCAGAAGCUGACAAACAAGCUCACUUAGCAUAUGAUCAUUGGCUUAACCAUGAGAACCAAUAUCUAGCUGAUCAGCUAAAAUAUUAUGAAACAGAAGUUCAUAAAUUGAGGAAAGCUAGAAAGUCUCUGAUCAGCAAAAAGAGAGUGGCUAUGAAGCAUGGAAAUGAACUACAUGAAACUGAUGCAGCCGAACUUCAGCGCAUCACUGAGGAGCAAAGUGGUUUGCAGAAACAUCUUGAUUCAGCUAGAAAAGCUAACCGUCAGCACAAUUCUGUUAUACAG